ACUAAGCUCUUCUUAUUCACCUAAUUCAUAGCAGUUUCAUUCUCCUCUUGUGUGUUAAUUUCUCUUUAACCAGCUUAUCAUCAUCAUGGGUGUUCUAACUUUCACUGAUGAGACCACCUCUGUUGUAGCUCCAGCAAGGCUUUUCAAAGCUCUGGUUACAGAUGUUGACACCAUCGUCCCAAAGGUUAUCGAUGCCUUCAAGAGUGUUGAAAUUGUUGAAGGAAAUGGAGGCGCCGGAACCGUAAAAAAGAUCACUAUCCUUGAAGAUGGCGAAACCAAGUUUGUGUUGCACAAAAUUGACGCAAUUGAUGAGGCUAAUUGGGGAUACAACUACAGCAUCGUUGGAGGUGUUGGGUUGCCUGACUCAGUUGAGAAGAUUUCAUUUGAGUCCAAAUUGGAUGCAGGGUCCAAUGGAGGAUCCAUUGCUAAACUCACUGUUAACUUCUAUACUAAAGGUGAUGCUAAACCCACUGAAGAGGAGCUCAAAGUUGGAAAAGCUAAGGGUGAUGGCCUUUUCAAGGCAAUUGAGGGCUACGUUUUGGCCAAUCCUGACUACAACUAAAGUUUGUUUCUAAGAGUGCUUGCUUAUAUUUGGUAUAUGUUUGGAUGAGCGUUAGCAGAAUUGAAUCUGGUCAGAAGUGGAUCUGGCAGAAUUGGAUCCGGUAGACGUGAGUUUGAGUGACGUGAUUUAUGUUUGGAUACAGUUACAAGAACGUGAUUUUAGUAAGAAAAUUUUGUUUGGAUAUCUUUGAUUAGAAUUGCUUUUGAGUGUGUAAUGACUAAAAUGGGUAUGAAUACUUAAAUCAUUAUAUAAGG